CGGAUCCACGAUUCAGUCCCAGACCUGACCUUCAAGCGUGCGGAGCCCGAGAGAGGGAGAGACCGAAAGAAAACACAACAACACAUGCACACACAGAACAACACUCCUGCCCCGGUUCUGUCCUCCUCUGACUGACCCAGAGCCAGCUCCCAGACAGACACGUCGUCGCACACUUUGGACUAUAUUUUUUUGGAGCGAUUGACGACCAGGAGACGCGCUUGGUGUGCAGAAAAACACAGUCCUCAACCGCACAAAGUUAUUUUUUUCUUCUUUGAGUUGAAGACUCUUUCCUCCGUUUCGGUUUCCUCGGCUGCUGCGGGGGGUUGAUCUGAGAGUCUGGGUGCGUCGCGGUGCCUCCGAGCCCGUCGGACGCGCAGAGAGACCGAGGGGCUGCGGGGAGAGGAGAGAGCGAGGCGCGGGGCGGUAUAUGGAAGUGGUGGGCUGCAAGGCAGAGGUAGGCAGUCGCACGUUGCGCCCGGGACCCGGAGCUAUGCUUUUCCACGGGAUCUCCGGGGAUCACAUCCAAGGCAUCAUGGAGGAGAUGGAGAGGCGGUCGAAGACAGACUCGCGCCUGGCAAAGGGUAUGCAGCUCAACGGGAGAGACGCGACAAUGCCCUCCAUGAGCCCGGAGAAGCCGGCCCUGUGUGCCGGCUGCGGGGGUAAGAUCUCGGACAGGUACUACCUCCUGGCCGUGGACAAGCAGUGGCACCUGCGCUGUCUCAAAUGCUGUGAAUGUAAGCUCGCGCUGGAGUCGGAGCUCACGUGCUUCGCCAAGGACGGCAGCAUCUACUGCAAAGAGGAUUACUACAGAAGGUUCUCCGUGCAGAGGUGCGCGCGCUGCCACCUCGGCAUCUCCGCGUCGGAGAUGGUGAUGCGCGCGCGCGACUCCGUGUACCACCUGAGCUGCUUCACGUGCACCACGUGCAACAAGACGCUGUCCACGGGCGACCACUUCGGCAUGAAGGACAACCUGGUGUACUGCCGGGGCCACUUCGAGACCGGGGGGGCCCCGGGGGCGGGGGACUACCACCCGCAGCUCAACUACGCCGAGCUCGCGGGCAAGGGCGGCGGCGGCCUCGCGCUGCCCUAUUUUAACGGCGGCACCGGGACGGCCCAGAAGGGGCGGCCCCGCAAGAGGAAGAGCCCGGCCAUGGGAAUCGACAUAGCCGGCUACAACACAGGCUGCAACGAGAACGACGGCGAUCACCUGGACCGCGAUUCACAGUCCUACCCGCCGUCGCAGAAGACCAAGCGCAUGCGGACCUCCUUCAAGCACCACCAGCUCCGCACCAUGAAGUCCUACUUCGCCAUCAACCACAACCCAGACGCCAAGGACCUGAAACAGCUGGCCCAGAAAACAGGCCUCACCAAGCGAGUGUUGCAGCAUCUGGUGCUUCUUCGGAGAGCAGAGAGUGCAGUGCACUGUACACAGGAACCACCGACAACACGGGAAGCAGGAACAGCAGCGACCACAUAAAAGGAGAGGGGAUUCUUUGUAACAUGCUCGACAGCCCGGCAGCCCGGCUGUGCACCACUUAGAGACGUGGAGAUCUUUGUGGGGUUUUUUGCUGGGACGUUUUUUGGAAGUGGACGGCACUAGAAAUGUUGGCUCUGAAGAUUUUCAAUGGAGAAAGCGCCCCUCCCCCCCUAAUCAGUAUCUGGAAAAGUAGAUAAUUUUUGCUAAGUGAAAUUGUAAUUUGUACAUUUUGAUUUGACAUAUAAAAUGACCCCAUUCUUACACGCAAUUAAUUGAAGAAAUAUGAAUUCACAUUUGUUUUAUCCCCAGAAAUCUGUAUUUAUAUGCACUAUGUACGCACUAUCCAACUUAGAGAUAAAUCUUUUUUUUUGUUAUGUUUUCAUUCUUUGUUUUUUUUCUGGAAAUCUUUUUUUUUAAAUCCAACUGUAGAAUGUUUCUAAGGCUAAUUUACAGAAAAAAAAAAAAGGCUUUAAUAAGUGCAGAAUGUCUAUAAGUCUGAGUUGGAGGGCUUGGAUUGUAAUCGGGAUAUCACACGCAAAUCAACAAGUAAUUACAUCCAAAACAUUCACGCUAAAUGCUAAAGACGCAAACGUACAUUGUGGUGUCGGACCGCCACACCUCUACUGUGAUACUAAGAGAACGGAGUCGUGUUCUGUACAGUGAUAACUGUUUAACAUGUCAUGCGGUCUUACUGUCUGACCAUUAGGAAUCUGAUUGGCUCCUCAGCACGGUUGUAAAUGAUUGUUUUUCUCUUCCUGGUGGAGCACUUUUAAAAGAUGUGUUGGCUGCCUAGACGAACAGUCCGACGGAUCCAACACUGAACAUGUCGAUAGAGCUACAGAUAGAUUCAAUCCACGCUGACAAUACACUGCCCGAUGAAAAAGUGCAUUAUUGUUAUGAUCAUGUUGCUCAGGGUAACGCUGUGUUUUUAUAAAAAGGGAAAAGGUGUGUGUGUGUGGGUGUGGUGUAUGUGUGUGUGGGAGUGUAUGUGUGUGGGUUAGUGUGUGUGUGUGUGUGCGAGCAGGUGUGCGUGAAGGAGGUUAAAGGUUAAGAUGCUGCAGUGUUGCGGACUGGAUCUUAGAGCUGAACGAGAGAUUGAAAUGACCUCAGAGAGGUGGAGUCCCAUUAAGUAAACAGUAAGAACCAGUAAGCCAGAGGGAAACCAUUGUCCAUUUCGGCCAUCUUUCUACUUUCUUUAACAACGCUUGUCACUGAACAGACCAAAACGAAAGCUCAACAAACAACCAACAAAACAAACAAACAAAUAUCCGUCAACUCGUUGGAAGUUGGAUGAAAAAAUAGGGCGUAUUCCAACGAGGCUAGAUGCAUUUCAUUUUAAGUGUCACAGUUUGUUCUAUUGUAGAACAAAGCGGUACUCUAGAUCUACUUAAGUAGACGCUUAACUCAGUUCUACUAUGUGCCUUAUGCUAUAACCUUGGAGAAAGUUUGUGAAAUUCAGGAUCUAUGUGUUCUUUGUUAACUGGUUCACAUCCUUUUGACGCCUCACUAGUUUUGUACUGUUUUUGCAUCUUAUUUCUGAAGAUCUUUUUAUGGUGUAUUCUGUUUAAAAAAUAAAAGAGGGCAGCGAUGUCAUGGAAGCAUUUUGUGCACUCUUUCAGAAAUAGUUGGGUAAUCCCAGACCUUAUAUAUUGAUCUUCGUGUUAAUAGUUGAGUACAGUAAGUGUUUUAUCAAGAUUGUCCAUGUUUCCCUGUUUCUUGAUAAAGAUGGUGUAUAGAAACUAUUUCCCCUUAAAUAUUUAUGGACCAAACGGUUGUUAUAUAUCUUAUUAAAUUUGUGUGAAUAAAAAGUACUUUGCUUUA